AUGGAGACUGCCAUGCGAGCCCACAAUGCCUCCUUUCCCAUCAACAUGCCGUCCAAGGCCCCCCAGAGCGCCAGCUACUACCCCGUCUCCCGCAUUGCCGGCUCUCCCCCUGAGGUUUCAGAUGUCAGCACCACCACCGGCAGCGCCAGCGGCGAAUACGACUCCUCGGCCGGCUACUCGGGCGUCGACGUUAUCGACACCCUCAACGACCGCAUGAGCAACGUCUUCGAUCCCUCCCGUCUCGACCAGGGCAUCGCUAAGCAGACCCAGCUCAUUCUUACUAGCGAGUGCUUGUUUCAUGAUCGUGUUCUGACUCUCUGCAGCUCCGGCCAGCUCAACGCUAAACAGCGCGAGCUCCUCGAACUCCAGGCGCUCAUGCAACGCCGCGUCAAGGGCGCCAGAGCAAACUUCGCAGAGGGCAUCAAGGCCGCAAAGGAGACCAAGGCCGACCUCGAGUGGACCCAAAAACGGGUCGGGUGA